AUGAAGCUUACAGCCAUCUUCCUAGUGUUCUGUGUGGCUCUGCUCAGUGACUCUGGUUUUGCUUUCUUCAUGAACUCAGUGGCCAAAUCUGUGGUGGAACCCGUGGCUGACCUUGCCCCAGCUGCAGAGGCUGUGGCCGGGGCUGUACCUAGUCUACCAUUAAGUCGCUUUAGCAUCCUGAGGUUUAUCCUGGCCAGCCUGGGCAUUCCAGUGGAUCCCCUCAUAGACGGUUCCAGGAAAUGUGUCACUGAGCUGGGCCCUGAGGCUGUAGGGGCUGUGAAGACACUGCUGGACAAUGAGAAAUGCUUAGAAGUGACCUUAGGACUGAAGCCCAAGAUCAGCUCCUGCAAAUUCCUAGGGAAAUGA